AUGCAGAGUGUCGUGGAUAGGAUAAAUGACCGCGUACGCGCAUUCGACGAGACAGUUGAUGCGAUGUGUCUGCCCUUGCAGCCAGAUUGGCCGCCCCAGGAGGGCGAGCGGACCACCAGGCCCGCCCUCAAGGCUGCUGCCCAGAGGGCGGAAGCCGCAGCGACCAAGGUGGGCCUGCUGUUCACCGGCCCCGCUCCGACCCCCGACGAGGCCGACUCCCUCGUCUCCGAGGUCGAGCAGAGCCUCCUGCACGUCGUUGCGUGCCUGCACGGCCUCGGCUCCCGCCCACGCUCCCAGCUGCGGCAGGCCGUCCACGACGGCGCGGUCGCCGCCAAGAGCGCGUUCAGCUCCCUCCUCACCGCGGUGUCCACCGGCUCUGAAGCGGAGGCGAUCCGGGGCCACGUCGCGCGGUGCUGGGACGCCUGCAAGCAAGUGGCAGGCAUGCCGGUCGACCACGCGGGCGCCGUGACGAGGUCGUGCGCGCGGGUGCUGAAGCGCGUCGCCGCGGACCUGGACGAGCUGGAGGACAUGUGCCAGGAGGGCGGCGGCGGCGAGCGGAUCGAUGCAGGUGCGCCCGAGGACGGGUGCGAGUUGGUCGAGCUGGACGAGGACGAGGCGACGCCCGAGGAGCUCGCAGCGCGCGCGGCGUGCCACGCGCUCGGCAAGGUGCGGAGCGCGGGCCCGCGGGGGGGGAGCGCCGUGGCAGGGAACGAGGUAUGCGUGUGGGGUGUGUUGCGCCGCCAGGGGGCGUGGACGAGCGUCGGUGCGGCUGAUCUGCGCGCAGGCUGCGGAGGCUACGAUGAAGAAGCUGAUGCUGGCCGUUUUGAAGGCGGGCGCGGCGCUGGAGUCGGAGCAGGCGGUUGCGAGCAUCGAGGCGGCGCUGGGGUGCUUCGGUGCCGCGGAGGGCGCCGUGUCGAACAUGUGCGCGGCGCUCUGCAGCCCCGUGGAGAAGGGCGAGGUGCUGGCUGCCUUGGAACAGAUCGAGGGCGGUCUGAGCAAGGCGGUUGGUGCCGUGCAACAGGCCGGCUGCGGCGACGUCGACGGAGCCUCGGUCGGCCUCGACGCCGCUGUCACACAUGUGUCUAA